AAAUUUCAGAUCACGUUCAUGUCAUAGCUACGUUUUCAGCCGCUCUGGAAAGUUCGUAGAACAAUUUUUUUUUUACAACGUUAAAUUCUUAAUUCUACAGAAAGAUGGUUUUUGAGCCUUAGUACUGAAUUACGAAAGUUUCCAAGAGCUAAAUCUGGUUACUUGGCCGUGAUAUUUUAAAAUAGUGGGUUUGAAACGCUGCCAUGACAUUUUGUUGGCCGAAGAAACGAAGCUUAGGUCCGGAGAGAGUGGACUCAAAGAGGGAAGGCGCAAAGCUGGUAGGCAUGUCUUCAAGAGACAGCAGUGUUUUGUACGAGAGGCGCUUGGUUCAUCGCCUAGAAUACGGUCAUGAAGGUGCAGUGUUGUACUGCGCUGUCGAUCCAAAAGAGAAAAUCCUCGCUACUUGCUCUGUCGAUGGAAAAAUUAUUCUUUGGACAAUAGCGACCGGAGAGAUUUUGAGGACUCUUUCGGGCGGCCAUACUGGAGAAGUUACAUCUUGCUCUUUCUGCUCAAUUGGAUCGAUUUUAGCUUCCUCUUCAAAAGACAAAAAAGUCAUCCUGUGGCACCAUGAUACUGGGAGACGCGCUUCUCGACUAGAGCUGCAUUCGGAUGUUGUCCUUCACUGUGCCUUCUCCAAAGAUGGCAAGUUUUUGGCCUCGGCUUCUCGCGACAAGACCGCUCGAUUGUACAAGAUACGACCCGGAGCGGGGGAAUUUGUUCCCGGAGGGGAUGUGAAACAACUGGUCGGGCACACCGCCGCAGUAAAUUUUGUUCAGUUCUCUCGUGAUGGUGCUGUAGUUCUUACGGGCUCGGACGACAGGACCAUCCGAGCAUGGAGACAAGACAACGACUGGCAGUGCGCCACAACGCUGCCGGAAUUUACCUCACCGGUGAAAAGCGUGAUUUUUUCGCCGGUUGAUCCGGUGUUUGCUUCCCUAGCUGGCAACAGAGUGACGUUUUGGACGAUGCACGGAUGCAGUUAUGAAGCCGAGAACGGUGUGGAUUUGAGAAGCACUGACAAGCAACUGAAGGCCAUUUCCUUUAUCCCGGAUGGCAGGUACAUUGUGGGCGUGGCAUCUGACGCGACGAUCAACAUCUGGGACUCUAUAGGAAAGAAUUCCUGGAGCACUUGGCACAAUACCCGGGAAAACCAACACCAGGGUGGUAUCCUUACGUGCUGUUUUGCGGGAAGAAACUUUAUCUCCGCCGACUCCACUGGACUCACCUUUAUUUGGGAACUGGUAAAAAAAGACGAAUAACUGCUUCAAAACAGCAAGGCUACUACAAAUGUAUUAAAUGAACAGUUUCUAGCAGGGGACCUUAAAUAACUUUAACCUUGUAAUUACCUCACUCGACCUUGGUUUUGGUGAUACAAAAGAAAAGGUUCCCUCCAUAGGCUAAGAGAUCAUUAGGAACGUGAUUUAUAAUGCUUUCCGUGCCACACAAGUAUGGAAUAUUUCGAAGAAGGGUUCGUACAGCAGUAUUGCUGUAAAUAUAACAAAAAAGUGAGAGAAAAAGACGUAUAACUAUUAAAAUGAGAGGUAAUAUAUCUA